AUGGCCCCCAAAGCCUGCGCAGCUUGUCGAUUACAACGCAAAAAAUGCUCAGAUGAAUGUUUGAUGGCUCCUUAUUUUCCUUCGGACGAUCUGCAUAGGUUUUCCAUAGUGCAGAAAGUGUACGGAUGCAAUCAUAUUGUCAAAAUGCUCAAGGAUGUUCAAGCUGAGCAAAGAGUAGAUUUUGUAAAUAGUUUGGUAUAUGAAGCAAAGGCCAGAAUGGCGGACCCUGUUUAUGGGUGUGCAAGAGCAACCCAUCAACUGCAGAAGCGAAUUAAUGACCUGGAAUCUCAGUUGGCAGACAAGCAAGCAGAGCUCUUGGGUAUGCGUUUGGCACAUGAGAAGCUUAUUUCCCUUCUCACCGUUGGAUCUCUUGAUGCUGAACAUGUUUUAUGUUCUACGUCACAACUAAACGAAUGUGUAAUGUAUGAUGAGGAGGAUCCAAUGGUGUUGUGGGAACCGCUAUGGGAAGUAUAA